AUGCAUUUCCGCUCAACGCUCGCCCUGGCGAGUUUAUUGCAGAGCGUCACCCCGGUGAUAAGCCUACAAGACUCAAAAUUUAAACCGGGCCUCUCACAAUACGUGAACCCGUUCAUUGGAUCUGAAGGUCCCGAUGGAACUGGAUUCGGUGGUGGUGACAUCUUCGUUGGCGGGGCGCGCCCAUUCGGCGUCGCUAAAGUGGGCAUCGAUUCCACGGCGGCUAAUUGGUCUACUGCUGUGUUGAAUGGUGGAUGGACUCCCGAUGGCAAUGUUACGGGGUUUAGUAUGAUGCAUGAGAGUGGAACGGGAGGUGCGCCGAAGUAUGGGUUGAUUGCCCAAAUGCCGCUGGCCUCGUUGGAGGAUGUUAAUGUUUUGGAUAAUAUGACUUAUAGUCAGCCAAGGAUUGGGAAAGAUAUCGCAAGUGUGGGAUACUACAAAACGCGAUUGAAGAGUGGUGUUGAGGUUGAACUCUCUGCGUCGCGCCAUGCUGGCAUUAUGGAGUAUUCGUUUCCCAAAGGAGAGAAACACAUUUUGUUUGACUUAUCACACUACCUACCUGCCUCCCCCGGCGAUACCGGCGGCCAAUUAUUCGCUGGGGGUGAGAUCCAGAUUCAAGAAGAUGACCAGUCUUACAGUGGAUAUGGGACAUAUGUCGGUGGCUGGAAUAACGGUUCGCUCUCAGCAUGGCUGAAGUCAUAUAUCUGCGCACCAUUUACAGUCUACUUCUACGGAGAGUUCAACCAGCGCCCCCAACAGGCGCAGACUUUCUCCGGACCAAACACCGACCCCAUGCCCCGUUAUCAGAAUCUCGCAAACGGAGGGAUCAGCGAGCCCGAGUUCGGUAACCAAACUGACAAGGUCACCUCCGGACCGAUGAACAAUCGCAUCGGCGUGCUUCUCAGCUGGAAUGAUGGCCCCGCCUCGCACAUUACCUCACGCGUAGGUAUUUCAUCCAUGUCCAUUGACAGAGCUAGGUCAUAUGUCAAAAAGGAAAUUCCAUCCUGGAAGCUGAAUGACACCGUCAACGAUGCUGUCGAUGAAUGGAACCAGGACGUUUUCAACAAGAUCCAGAUUCCAAUCGAUGGCUCGGCAAAUAUGACCCACGUCAGACUCCUCUACAGCUCCCUAUACUUCAUGCACUUGAUGCCGUCGGACCGAACCGGUGAGCAUCCCCUCUGGGAUUCCGAUGAGCCAUACUGGGACGACUUUUAUACGAUGUGGAUAUUAUUAGGGGAUAUUUUCCGCUGUACUGUCAGCUUUUAUCAUAUUUUCCAACCAAAGUAUUACGAAUCUAUGAUUCGUAGCUUGAUUGAUAUCUGGAAACACGCAGGAUUCAUGCCAGACGGCCGCUCAGGAAACUGGAACGGACUCGUACAAGGCGGGUCAGAUGCAGACAACGUUCUCGCAGACGCAUACGUGAAAGGUCUACGAGGAGGAAUUAAUUGGACCGAGGGCUACGCGGCGAUGGUAAAAGACGCAGAAGUAACACCGUACAAUACCUUCGACCCGACCGACUUCACAGCAAGCACGAAAGAAGGGCGCGGGGCGCUGGACGACUGGAAAGAACUGGGCUAUGUCUCGUAUGACCGGAACACGCGGUGUAUAUCGCGAACGGUCGAGUAUAGUCUCAAUGAUUUUGCAGUGGCGCAGGUGGCCAAGGGCGAGAGUCCUGCGGAUGUAGAGAAGUAUUUGAAUCGUUCCACGGGAUGGCAGAAUAUCUGGGAUGAGAAGGUUCAGAGUCUUGGGUUUGAGGGGUUUUUGGCGCCUAGGUUGGCGGAUGGGAGGUUUAAUAGUUCGUUUGAUCCGCUUUUGUGUGGUGGGUGUGAGUGGAAAGAUGUGAGCUAUGAGGGGAUUCCGUGGGAUUGUUCGGUUAUGCUAAUGAGAGUGGCAGAAUAUUCGUUUGUGAUCCCGCAUGAUGUGAAGACGCUGGUCAAGUUGAUGGGUGGGGACGAGACCUUCGAGAAGCGACUGGACAUGAUGUUUAAACCCAACACAUCUGUCCAGGAUCUCGGGGCCAAUGGCGCUGGCAUCACAACGCUGAUCAAUAUCGGUAAUGAGCCGGACUUCGCCACACCAUACCUGUACAACUACAUCAACAAACAGGCCAAGAGCGUGAUGCAAUCCCGCAGCCUCGCCAACCAAUAUUUUAAAGAUGCAGCAUAUGGAAUCCCUGGGAAUAGCGACGCCGGAGCUAUGAACUCCUGGUUGUUGUGGCAGAUGUUGGGAAUUUAUCCGAUCGUCACUCAACCAGUCUACCUGCUAUCGUCGCCAUGGUUCCCAGACUUGAAUAUGACGAUCAACGGCGACAAGACCCUGCGGAUUAAAGCGACCGGACUGGAUGAGGGGUAUUUCGUGCAGGGGGUGCAGAUCAAUGGGAAAUCGUGGACAAAGAACUGGUUCGAGCAUGAGGAUGUGAUGGUUAAUGGAGGGACGAUUGAGUUUCAGCUCGGGAAAGAGGCGACAGAGUGGGAGACGGGCGAGGUCCCUCCUUCACCGGGACAUAUGCAGUUGAGUAAAUAG